ACACUGUGAAUUUGAGACUAACGACAUCUAUUGUUUGUUUGCGUAAGAUAGACAUAAAAAGUUGACAUUUGACAUCUGCCAUUUUUUGCAAAAUGGCGACUGAAAGCAGACGUGUGGCAGUGCGCUCGCGCAGAGUUAUAACGGAUAAUGACAUAUCUGAAGCUUUAAAUGACUCCGAGUUUGACUAUUCCGGAGAAGAUUCGGAUGACGAUCCAGAGUUCAUUCCAUCAGAGAUCAGCCAAAGAGGCAAUGACCAUCAAAUCAGUGAGUCUAGCAGUUCAGACGAAGAAGACGCUACGUUAAUCACUCCUUCUGCUUCUCCAGCGUUAUCCAGCGAUUCAGUUUAUGUAUCUUCGACAUCACAGUCUCGAUCACGAGGUCGUGGGAGAAGCGUUUCGCGUGGACGUUCUCGCGGUCGUGGGCGUGGACGUGGAACACGAGUUGGAGAUGAUUUUCAGCAGUCAGAACCACCAUCUUUGUCUACUCGACAGAUAGCAAUCAGAAAUCGCCAAACAAUCGAUGGUAUUCAAGAUACGUGGACCAAAGCUACUAUAGAACCAGAAAUGAAUGAUUUGAUGCAACCAGCGUAUAUACAUAAAGAAACUAAAAAUUGGGAGUGGAAUCAGUUCUAUGAUCAAUAUAUCGAUGAUGAAAUACUAACAACGAUCGUUAAUUGUACAAAUAGAACACAUAUUUUAGAGACAGGUAAAUCAAUGGGGCUUACUUUGAGAGAACUUAAAAUAUAUAUUGGUAUCACAAUGAUAAUGUCUGCGUUACAGUAUCCUCAAAUUGAUAUGUACUGGUCAGAAAAAUGGAAGGUUCCCAUCAUUGCAAUGGCUAUGACAAGAAACAGAUUCUUUUUUAUUAGACUUCGCCUAAAGUGUGUUUACGACAGUGAAGUAUCUGCAGAACAAAAAAUACAAAAAACUUGGAAAAUACAACCACUUUUUCAAAGAAUAUUAAAUGGUUGUCAUGAACAAAACAGGCCUAAAGAAAUGAGCAUUGAUGAAAUGAUUAUCCCUUUCACCGGAAAAUGUCCAAUGCGUCAAUACUGCCCCAACAAACCUAAUCCCGUUGGGUUGAAAGUGUUUGUCCUCGCAACUCCUCAAGGCGUUGUUUGCGAUAUGGUGGUGUAUCAGGGAGACACUACGUUUCCGGAUUUGAUCGGCCAAGGUUUUGGUUUAGGCGAAGCAGCCGUUUUAACUUUAACUCGCACAUUGGUCCCUGGUCAUUUAUUAUUUUUCGAUCGUUUUUUCACUUCUACAAAACUGUGCGAUGAACUAUUGAGACGUGGAUUUCAUGGUACAGGUACCAUUAUGAAAAACAGAGUUCCUAAAAGCUGUGUCUUGACAGAAGAAAAAGUAUUCCGAAAAAAGGCGAGAGGAAGUAGUGAAGUGAAGGUAAGAGAGGAUGGAAAAAUCGCUGUUACAAUGUGGCUCGACAACAAACCAGUAUUAAUGAUGUCCACUUGUUACUGUGAUCAAAACCACGACGAAUGCGAACGUUGGUCUAAAAAAGAUAAGCGAUAUGAAAGAGUUAGAAGGCCCGAAGUUAUUAAAACUUACAACCAAAACAUGGGUGGAGUCGACCUUACAGAUCGCAUGCUUUCAGUCUGCCCAUCGCGUAACCGAACAAAAAAGUGGACAAUUCGUGUUAUAUCACAUCUCUUUGAUUUGGCGGUGGUAAAUGCUUGGCUGCAAUAUAGAGCUGUUCAAAUAGAGAAAGGUGCCAUAAAGAGAAACAUAAUACAAAUGCGUCAGUACAAACUCGAUUUGGGUACAAAACUUAUUGGAGACAAUGAAGAACAAAGUGAUGGUGAAAGUGGAGGUGAAGAGUAUGAAGAGCUCGAACCCAAACACAAGAAACGUAAGAUCCUUAUCAAACCAAUACCUUCCAGAGAACGCCGUAUGAAGUCUGCUGCACACUUACCCGAAUAUAACACUAAACAAUCGCGCUGUAGGAAUAGAGGAUGCUCCAAAAAGACCACAGUUUACUGCAUAAAAUGUGAUAUUUAUCUCUGUUUUACACCAAAUAGGAAUUGUUUUUCCGACUUCCACAAGGAUGCUGAGUAGUUUUUAAUUGAAGCUUUACUUAUACCUAGUUGAUCUCAUGAUUAUGUUCCUCAUUAAUGACUUAAAAGUACAAAAUGUUGAUUUAUUGUUCUGUUAUGUUAUAAUUAUAAGGAAGAAUUGUUUAAUUUUGAUAAUUUUUGAAGAAGACUGAUUUAUUUUUGUUUUGUUUCUCAAUUUUCUGAUAGGAGGCUUAAAAUAUAAGUUUUUUUGUUUGCUUUUCAGUACCUUUACUUAUUUUUAUUCCAGAUAUCAUCCCAGAAUUAUCCUAUGUACUACAUAAAUCACAUAGUAAUAUCGUCACUUUGUUCUCUACAUAGGACAUAGCGAAAAAUCGUUUUUCCGAAAGCAGGAUUUUUUUAUCUAUUUUUCCCUUGCAUGUCAACCUAUUCCGAACAACAUACUAAAAUUUCAGAAACAUACUCCAAAAAAAGUGCUUCUGGUAGGCAGGAGGUUAA